GCCCGAUGCGUGUGAUUUUCCAUUUUUCAAUCUUCUCUUUGUUCCACCACCGCCGGCGGGGCGAUCUCCCGCGCGCGACGCCAUGGAUUUGGCGGUGGGCGCAUCGGAGGCUACCAUCAAGUCCCUCCUCACAAAGCUAGGCACCCUUCUCGCGGCGGAGUACACCCUGGUCCGGGGUGUGCGCGGCGACAUCCAGUUCAUCAGAGACGAGCUCGCCAGCAUGCAGGCCUUCCUCAGCAACCUCAGCCACAGCAAGGACGGCCACGACGACCAGACGGAGGACUGGAUGAAGCAGAUCCGCGAAGUCGCCUACGACAUCGAGGACUGCGUCGACGACUUCAUCCACAGCCUCGACCCCGACCGCCGCGGCGACGACCUAUGGUCAAUCAUCGUCAAGGCCCUGUACGAGCUCCGGACAUGGUGGCCGCGCCGCAACAUUGCUGCUAAGAUUGCUGAACUCAAGGAGCGGGCGCAGCAUGUGGGUGAACGGCGCAACAGGUAUGGCGUCCCUAAUCCAGAUCCAGCCAAGAAGAAGAGUAGCAUGGGAGGGUAUUUUGCCGCUGAGCAUCAGGAGAUAACACCUCGGCUCGUCGGCAUCAGUGAGCCGGUGGGGGUGAAUGAAAUGACGACGCUUCAGGAGUGGCUCAUCUCUGAUAAGAAGGAGCUUCGCGUGCUAUCCAUCUUCGGUUUUGGCGGCGUGGGGAAAACCACAGCCGCCAUGGCGCUCUACCGGAAAUGCGGGGUUAAGUUUAAGCGCCGGGCAAUGGUCACCGUGUCUCAUGGCACCGAUCCUGAUGAAGUCCUCAAGGACAUACUGAAGCAAGUCAAGGAGAGUAACGUGCAUCAGCAAGGUCAGAUCCGUAGCACCGCAAACACCUCGGCGAAGAAGGAUCAAGCAUCACCAGAUCCACAAAGACAAAGCAUGAUGAGCUUCUUCCAAAAGCACACGAGCAGGUUGAGCCAAAUUACGCGGUGCGCGCGUAGUCAAGUGGAUGAUGGCACAACCUCCAAGGAGCACGAAGCCAUAACAAGGGAGCUGCGGGAACACCUGCAAGGAAAUAGGUAUUUACUAUUAAUUGACGAUGUCUGGUCUUCAUCUACAUGGCAGACAAUUUGGAGCUGCUUGCCAAAAAAUGCUGAAGGUAGCAGAGUUAUGGUGACCACACGGUUCGAAGCUGUCGCGAACACAUCAGUUACUCACCAUAAACAUUUCCAUAAAAUGCAAGUUCUGUCCCGGAGUGAUGCCCAGAAAUUGUUUGAAGAAAGUAUGGAAGACAGGCAGCCAGGCCUGAAGGACCGGGUACCUGCAAGAAUCUGGGAGAUGUGUGGUGGCCUGCCAUUGCCCAUAGUUACCAUGGCAGGUCUUGUGGCAUCCAAGCCGCUUACAGAGCAAAAUGAAUGGAUUGAAGUCUGUGAUUCCCUGUUUCCACAACCACAAGUAUGCCAUAAACCUGAGGAAUUCAUGAGGAUUAUCAAUUACUGCUACACUGCGUUGCCCAGUGAUCUCAAGGCUUGUUCUCUGUAUCUAUGCCUAUUCCCCAAGGGGCGCAAGAUUAGAAGGAAGCGGCUGAUCAGGCGCUGGAUAGCAGAAGGUUUUGUUAGUGAGAAGCAUGGGUUGAGUGAGGAGGAUGUCGCAGAGACGUGCUUUAACCAACUCGUCGAUAGGAAGAUAAUACGGCCCAUAGAGCACAGCAGCAAUGGGAAGGUAAAGAGAUGUCAAGUCCAUGACAUGGUGCUUGAAUACAUCAUCUCCAAGGCAGGCGAAGAGAAUUUUGCCACUGUGGUUGGCGGACAGUGGUCCAUGCCAACACGAAGCAACAAGGUCCGCAGGCUGUCCCUCCACAGCACUGACUCCAAGCGUGCCAAGGAAGCAGAUCGCAUGAACUUGUCUCAUGUUCGAUCACUGACGGUGUUUGGGAGCCUGGAACACCUGCAUUUCAAGUCAUUCAAGACUGGAAUUGUGCAGGUACUGGACCUUGAAGGCUGCGGGGGUUUUAAUGAGAAUCGUGUCAGUGUUUCGGACAUAUGUAAAAUGACCUUACUCAGGUACCUCAGCCUCCGUGGAACGGAUGUCAGGAAAUUACCCUCCAACAUUGGGGAUCUCAAGUACUUGGAAACCCUGGACGUAAGGGAGACCAAGGUUUGUGAGCUACCUCCAUCUGUAGGUCAGCUGGAACGAAUCAGUAACAUACUUGGCGGAGACAAGGAAACAAGGGCGGCCCUGAAGGUGCCUAGAGAGAUCAAGGGAACAGCGAAGACCCUGCACGUGUUGUCAGGGAUUGAGAUUGCCGAGGGAUCAAAUACUGCAUCUGAACUCAAUUAUUUUACCGGACUCAGGAAGCUGGCCAUUUACAAGCUCCGAACCAGCGAUCAGAGUUUGAUCUCCAAAAAAAAGAGUGACCAGAUGUUGGAGGAUUUAAUCUCCUCCAUCCAGUACCUCAGUGGUUAUUAUCUCAAAACUCUAGUCAUUGAUGUCGAGUCAUCUGACUUCCUUAGCAUGCUGGACGACAUGGAGUCCCCUCCAAUAUACCUGACAGCUCUUGAGCUCUCUGGCAGGUUUGUUGCACUACCAAAAUGGCUCCCUGAUCUCAGCAAUCUUGUUAAAUUAGCCCUUUCAGUGACAGCUCUACAUACAGAUACUUUGAAGCUCCUCAGCAACUUGGGGGCAUUGUUUUCCCUCACCUUCUCAGUCUGUGCAGCAAAACAUGAUCCUGAUACAGCAUCCAUUCUUGGGACCAACAAGUCCAAAUACAGAGGCGAGAUCUUUGUGCCGGCUGGAGGGUUCCUUAAGCUCAAGCUGCUUCGCAUAUUCAUACCGUUUCUGCCAUCACUCAACUUUUCCGCAGGAGCUAUGCCAGCAGUCGAAAGGCUUGAACUGCGUUUCAAAAGGUUGGAAGGUCUUCAUGGCAUGGACAAUCUUGAAAGUAUCCAUGAUGUGAUCUUGUCUGUUGAUGGCCAGGCUGGAGGGACUACCAAGGUGAUUCUCGAUGAAUUGAAAAGAGCACAACAUAAAUAUGCCCUGAAUGUUAAUGAAUAGUAUGAUCGACUGAAAUGCCAACAUACCAUGGUGUUUCAUCGUUCCUACAACAUCAUUCGACCUCAGAUUCGCCAUCAUACAGUAAAGAUGCUGUUCUUGGGCCAUUAUUCUUGAAGCAAAAUCACGCCCAGCUAUAUGUUUCCUUUAGCUUUUACGUUCAUGGUAUGCUUGUAUGACCCUGUGGUUGACUUUCUCUCAAUCUUAGGCUAAACCUAGGGGGUCUUUCCUCAACGGGUCGAGUAUUUUUUUUCAUUGUAUGCUUUAAAUUUUGGCAAAUGAUUUUGUAAUUGUGGAACGAGACAUUUGUUUUCCUCAACGGGCCAUCAUUGUCACAUGAAGUGCUGUGACAUGUCUAUAAGAUCGUUAAAGGCGAUUGAGAGGACUUCGAAUUA